CCGCCACCACCACCCUACUACGCAUUCCAUCACCGAUAUAAUUCACUCCUCUCAACGCUCGCUGCACACACACACCAGUGAACCUAGCCAGCCAUUUGCCGCAUCGAUCAUCAGUCGCUGUCACGCGCGCCAAACCAAACCAAAGCCCAAACCCAGCUGCAAGUGCUACUGACAGCAGCUAGCAAACACACACCCGUCGCCAUCGCUAUGGACGGCGACUGGUCCAAGGACGGCGGAGGUGGAGAGCCGACCAAAUAUCGCGGCGUGCGGCGGCGGCCCUGGGGCAAGUACGCGGCCGAGAUCCGCGACUCGAGCCGCCACGGCGUCCGCAUCUGGCUGGGCACCUUCGACACCGCCGAGGAGGCCGCCAGGGCGUACGACCGGAGCGCCUACUCCAUGCGCGGCGCCAACGCCGUCCUCAACUUCCCGGAGGACGCGCACGCCUACGCCGCCGCCUGCCGCGGCUCCGGAUCCUCCUCAUCCUCGUCCAGGCAUAGGCAGCAGCAGCAGCAGGGCUCCGGCAGGGACGUGAUCGAGCUCGAGUACCUCGACGACGAGGUGCUGCAGGAGAUGCUCAGGAACCACGAGCCGUCGUCGUCUGCGAGGAAGAAGAUGUAAUGCAAGACGACUGGUACACGUGGCGAAUGCACGUUGCACAUCAGAAUGCCAUGUAUGCGUGGGGGGUUACGUUCAAUUGUAUGCAUGCAGUGCAGUGACUACCGGCCGGCUCUCCUGGAUAUGUCGGCCAUCUCUCUCUAUAUAUUAUUAAAAUGUCAGCUCCCUUCUCUAAUUUGGCGGGAGUUACAUCAGUGGUACUAUGCAGAGUUGCAUACUUGCAUAUAUAUGCACAUUAUUAAUUAA